GAGAAUUUAUGGCAAUAAGAAACUUAGCCCAGCCUGCAGCAGGCAGGACUGUAGAGAGGGAAGAAGAUAUUCAUCUUGACCGGACAAGAGGUCGAUACGUCCCGGCUGCUGCCCGGUGUCUUGUCAGGAAAAUGUCCCUGGAGAAGAAAAAAUUGUCCACGGUGGCGUGCUGAAGGAGAGCUGCGUCAAGUGAUGGUGAGAUGAGAGCAGUGGUGACUGUGCACAUCGGGGCUUAAAUUAAAGAGGAUGCAUGGAGAUCUCAGACAGCUGGCAGGAUUAUUCAUCCCCUUGUUGCACAGCGUGUCCUGACUGCAGCCAGGGCCCUUCUUCCUGAGCCAGCAGCAUCAUGGGAGGUUCCACCUCCUCCCUUGUUGACGACGCUGAGGGCGAUGCUGCCCCUCGAGGUGCAGCUCUGCCCCCCUCCCCCAUCAUGGGAUGUUUGAGGAGCAGCCAAAGCACCUCCAUCCCUCGGCAGCUUCCCAGACCCAGUAGGCACAGAGAGCGCAGUUUUUCUUCUGGUUCGAUGCCCAUGCAGAGGAGCCAGUGGGCUUGUGGCUGUUGCACUUUCCUCAACGCAGCUGCUGCUCCCCGCUGCUCCAUCUGUGAAGCCCCUCGGCGAAGACCCGACACCCGAUGGAUGUGGCAGGGGACCAACAGGGAGGACGGUUGCUGGUCCUGUCCACGCUGCACUCUGGCCAACCCCGCAGACACCCUAGCCUGCUCUUUGUGUGGCUACAUGGGAGCACUGGACCGACCUCGGGGCUCGUCUGAGGACCAGCCACGCCCUCAGCGCUCCAGUAGCUGCUCCGGUCCCCUUAGGCCAUCGUCUAAUGAGCCGUGCAGGCAGCAAAAUAAAACACAGCCAGGAGAUGCAUUAAAAAACAGCCUGGUUUGGGAGUGUUUGAGGUGCACUCUGCAGAACACCCCUACCUCCAUGUCCUGCUCUGCUUGUGGCGGACCACGCAAGCUGUCUCUCCCCCAGAUCCCUGCUGACGCCUUGCUCAUGCCUGAAGAUCAAGCAGGAGUACACCAACCAGAGCCUGCAGCAGGAGCGCUGUCCCUUUCCAUAUCAACUGGAGGAGAGUGUUUACCAGUAGAAGCUUCAUAUCCACAAACAAACUCUUCAGUGCUCAGUAUAGCAUCUUCAGGUCAUAAUAAUCCUCUUCCCUGCAGUCGCAGAGAGGUGCCACCUCCAGAAGGUUGCCUCAGUCAGACUCAUAACAUAAGUCCUUCUCCAUCAACGCUAGCUGUUUCACAACUCUCUGCCCAAUCAGAGCUCCUGCCCAGCAGACGCCUCAGCAUCCUCAAGGAGGAAAUGUCACCGCUGUCACCGGCACCAGAUGCACCUGCAUCGUUCCCACCAUGCAUAGUCCCUGUUAACAAGACAGAGGAAUGGUCAUGUCCGGCCUGUACUCUCAUUAACGAGGUAAAAGCCAAACACUGCCUGGCCUGCCACACGCCUCAGCUACACGCUGCACUGCUUAAACCAGCUCUGUCCCCAAAGAGGAAGGAGAGCAUGCUGGUGGAGGCGCUGCGGCAGAGUGAUGAAGGAGAGGCCAAGGAGCUGUGGGACAACAUCAUCAGCUUCUGCAAAGAGAACAACGUGACAUUUGUGGAUGACAGCUUCCCUCCUGGUCCAAAGUCUGUGGGCUUCCCAGUGGACGACAGUGUCCAGCAUCGGGUCAGAAAGUGGCUUCGUCCUCAAGAAAUCAACUGCUGCAACUUCAGAGACCGUGCAGUGAAGUGGUCUGUUUUCCGCACACUUCGCCCAUCUGACAUCCUGCAAGGACUUCUGGGUAACUGCUGGUUCCUGAGUGCCUUGGCUGUUCUGGCUGAACGUCCCGAGCUGGUAGAGAAAGUGAUGGUGACUCGCUCAAUAUGUGUAGAAGGAGCCUAUCAGGUGCGUUUAUGCAAAGAUGGUUCGUGGAUCACAGUGCUGGUGGACGACAUGCUGCCGUGUGACGAGAACGGCCACCUCCUCUUCUCUCAGGCCCAGAGGAAGCAGCUUUGGGUGGCUCUGAUUGAAAAAGCGCUGGCCAAGCUCCACGGCUCCUACUUUGCUUUGCAGGCAGGUCGUGCCAUCGAAGGGCUGUCCACACUGACAGGGGCCCCCUGUGAGUCGCUGGCCCUCCAGGUCAGUGCCACCAACCCCAAGGAAGAACCCAUUGACACAGACCUCAUCUGGGCCAAAAUGCUGAGCUCCAAAGAAGCAGGUUUCCUGAUGGGGGCAUCUUGUGGAGGUGGUAACAUGAAGGUAGAUGACUCCGAGUAUGAGUCCCUAGGAUUACGUCCACGACACGCUUACUCCGUCCUCGAUGUGAGGGAUGUAGACGGUCAUAGGUUACUGCAACUGAGGAACCCUUGGGGUCGCUUCUCCUGGACUGGACCCUGGGCGGACGACUGGCCAAACUGGCCUCCGCAUGUAAAAAGGGAGCUGUGCGCCCAGCGAGCUGAGGACGGCCUGUUCUGGAUGGACUUCUGGGAUUUCAUCAGGUACUUCGACUCAGUGGAUAUCUGUAAGAUACAUUCAGACUGGCAGGAGGUCAGAGCACCGGGUGUUUUCCCCCGAGGAGCCGACGUCCCGGUGACAUUGGUGUCUGUCACAGUGCUGGAGAGAACAGCUAUGGAAUUGGCUUUAUUCCAGCAGGGUAGCAGGCGAUGGGACACAGCAGAGAGCCACCUGUUGGAUUUGUGUGUGUUGUUGUUUCGGGUCUCCUACGACAGCUCAGGUACUCCGACGUUGGGUCGUCUCCUGGCUCACAGCCGGCGCUCAGUGAGAAGGUUUGUGGGCUGUGAUGUCAUGCUGGAGCCAGGAGAAUAUGCUGUGCUCUGCUGCGCUUUCAACCACUGGCACAGCAUCGGCACAGAGGGGACAACGAGCUUCAGUCGAUCAGAGGUGCCUGGUUACAUGCUGGCAGUCUACAGCUCCAGACUGGUCAUGGUGGAGCACGUAACCGCUUCCAACACCACCAUUGCUGACGCCAUCAUCCAGCUGACAGAAACUAAGGGAGAGAGACAUGAGGGUCGAGAGGGGAUGACCUGUUAUUACCUGACACACGGCUGGGCGGGGCUUAUCGUCAUGGUGGAAAACAGACACCCAAGACAUCACCUCCACGUGUCAUGUGACUGUAGCGACAGCUUCAACGUGGUGUCGACACGCAGCAGCCUCAAAACCAUCGACAGCAUUCCUCCUCUGCACAGACAGGUGCUCGUGGUUUUGUCUCAGCUGGAGGGAAACGCCGGGUUCUCCAUCACACACAGGCUGGCUCAUCGUAAGGCUGUCCAGGCUUCUCUGGGCAACUGGAGUCCCUCAAAGGCAACACACAGUCCUGCUCUGAGCCCGGAGACAGCAGGUCUGCAUCAGCCUCGACCUCUCUGACUGCUGACUGGGAAGAUGAGUCAGGGGAACUGUUGAGGAGUCACAGAGUACACACUAGACAUGAGGUCUCAACACUGAGGCAGCUUCUUUAAAGGAACAGUCCAACACUUUAGGAGUUGUGCUUGUUUGUCAUUUGACUGUUGGUGGAAAACAGGCAAGUCUCCCAUAAAUGUUGAUCUGUUGUGCGAAGAGACCAUCAUGUUUAGUGAGCAGGCACAUGGUGCCAUUUCACCUCUGCAUACAUUUUUAAGUCAGAGCUGCUCAGAAACAGAAAUAAUCUCACUGUUUGAACUCACUCUCAAUGGGCAGGACAAAACAGCCAUGAAGCUUUUUAGUUUACUUAGGUUACAUAGUAAAGACAAUAGAGAGGUAAUACAAUAUGCCACAGUGUCAUUUCUGAUUCACUGUCAAAACACUUUGAUAUUUCUUUGGUUUAAAUAGUAAGCCAUUAUAAAAAUGGUUUCAUUGCAUUCUGUGGUGGUUCAAAAGUGUUGAUAAUUCAUUCAUAAAAAUAACAAUAUUUCUCUUUUAUUUCCUCACUUUUGGUAACAGAAAUUCAAGCAUCAGUUUAUUAAAUAAAUUAAAUAUACAUUUUGCCUGGAAAGAACAUAAACACGGAUAAUACUUGUCAAAGUUGUUCUCUAAAGUACUGGUACUGUAUAUGUCCAUUAAUCAGCAAAUUGAACUAAGUUGUACUGAAGGUAAACAACAGUUUUUUACUUAUUGACAGAACGAAAUUGAAUAUUGCAUUUUCCAUCCAAAGCCAUAGAACCGUGCCACACAUCAGAAUUUUCCACAUGUACAUUCUUUAGGUUCUUAGCUCAUAUAUUAUUUGUCUAACUUGAAACAUGUUCUGCUUCACUAUUUGAGUUGCCAGUACUUUGAAUCUGAUCUUAGAGUUCUUAUUUAUCCCUUCUUAGGCAUGUACAUUUUCCAAAAAAAUCUUGUUUUUUAAACUUCAAAUAUCUUUUUUUCUUGCAUUUUUUUCCUUACAGGCUCAAGUGCAAAAUGCAUUAAGAAAAUCCCCAAAUUUCCUCACUGAAAAAAAAAUUCUAUAUAUUUUUUAAACCAACAGAUCACUACCUUACUGAAACUAAAAUGGAAAAUAGGAAUAAAUCAGAAUGCAUAAACACCAUCCUCAUUAAGAUUAGAGGUAAACAAUCUCUGAACACGUCAGCUGAUGUCUGAUGACGAUAAAAUCCCUGGGAAUGAGGGCCAUAUUUCUAGGCUGAUCUGGUGUAGCUAGCAGAUAUCUGGGCUGAGAUUUCCUCUUCUGUAUAUUGGUCAUUUCGGCUAAUGUCUAUAAGCAGAUAUCUGCAUAUGAAUGCAGCUAAUUUUUUUAAGCUGAUAAAAAGGUAACUAAUUGUCAGACAAUAGCUGGUGGGUUUCAAGAUUGCACUCUGCCUCCACACAAACUAUUUACCUGCCAUUCAAACAUGACUUGUUCAAUACUACUCGGACUACAAACGAAAUCCAGGACACUUGCAAUACCAAAAUCUUGUCCAGUUGCCUACCAAACCUGCAUACAUAUGCAGAUAUCUGCUUGUAGAGUUAAGAUGCAAAGCCAUUACUAAAGUACAAAACACCUGAGUUGACUAGUUGACUAUUAUUGGCCUAGACAACACAACAUUAGAAAAAUAUAUCUAGUUUACGGGCCAGCUGGUUCAUUCUCUCCUCUGUGUUGACUGUUAAUUUUGUACUUUGUAAUUCUGUUUGUGAGAAACACUGAAAGCCCAGUGCUUAAUAGUGGUGUGCUGGUUCACAGAUCCAGUAAGAUCUCUACCAGAGACUUCAUCAGUAUAGAUAGGCCUACAUGACAUUGAUGCCACUGCUUGUACUAAAAUGGCUUUGUUUGUAUAUUUGGCUGAAGUGACCUGUAUAUCAAAGAGUGAGAUUAUUUCUAUCUUCGGAUCAGCUCUUCCUCCAGCAAAACAGAAGUUGCACAUUCCUCCACAAACACAUUUAGUACAGAUCUUGUUAGUGAACACAUGAUGCACUUUAUAUUUCACAAACAUAUUUCAGAUCACAGGCUGGUCUUCAGGUCCAAACUGUCUUAAUUGCACUGGUGGUAGAUGAGUAGAAGUUAUUAACUUUAGUUAGUUGUGUCUGAACUGGCUGCCAAGGAUAUUCACAAUAAUAACAAACAUGGUGUUUAUUCUCCUCGGUAUUUCUCAGUCUUAAUACGUAAUGUAGGAUGGUUAAAUAAGGGUAUAGGGUUGAGACUGGCUGUGUGAAAGCAUUAGCACUUUAUGAACUUUAAACUAUGCUGGAUUCUCGUGUUUUAAACUUGCACAGUGGGGACAAGUAUUCUGUGCUUAUUAAUCCAAAACAUCGUUAU